AUGCUGCGGGACCAGAACGAGGCGCUGGGAAAGGUCCUGACUCGGAUCUCCAACACCAUCGCCAAGAACCAGGCAAAGGCGAAAAAGUCCAAGAAGAAGCUGGAUCAGCAGCCGAGCGAGGCUGCGGAAACCGCCGUGGUGAAGCUGUUCUUCAAAGGGGACGAGGUUCCCGACACGCUGCCAAACUGCGAGGCUUGGCAGGACGGAGCGGUGCUGCAGGUGGGAGACGUUAAAUACAAUGUUCAGAGGAACGCUCCCACUUUCACCACAGCUGAGCUCCCAGUGUCCCUCAUGGCUGGCUUUCCAGUCUGCCCCAAGCUGCAGGUGGAGUUUGGGAACCUCCAGGACUGCGAGUUUAUGUGGUUCAAAGAAAACUCAACAAAUACUAGUCCUAAAGAUUCUCCGGCUCUGGAAGGCGGAUGGACGCAGGUCGGACACGAGCGAGUCCUCGUCCCGUCCAAUCAGGACAUCGGCUGCAGGCUCAAGCUGCGCUGCACUCCCAAAGAUGGCAGCCGCACCGGCCAGGCCAAAGAACUGGUCUCCGUGGCAACAGUGGAGGCGGGGCCGGGCGUGUGCACGUUCGACAACCGCCAUGCGUACACGCUGAGGGCCGCGGCGUGGCCGGCGCUCAGGGUGGUUUCCUACAACAUCCUGGCUGACGUCUACGCCCAAACGGAUCUGUCCAAGACGGUGCUGUACCCGUACUGCGCCCCCUACGCCCUGCAGCUGGACUACCGGCAGAACCUGGUCAAGAAGGAGCUGGCGGGCUACAACGCUGACAUCAUCUGCCUGCAGGAAGUGGAUAAAGGCGUGUUUGUGGACAGUCUGACUCCGGCGCUGGAUGCUUUCGGUCUGGACGGCGUUUUCAGGCUCAAAGAGAAGCAGCAUGAAGGACUGGCUACGUUCUACCGCAGGUCAAAGUUUCGCCUGCUCAGCCGUCAUGACAUCAUGCUGAGCGAGGCCCUAACCUCUGACCCCUUACACUCUGAGCUGCUGGAGAAGCUUUCUGCGAACAUCGACCUGAAGAACAGGAUCCUGGAGAGGUCCACAGCACUGCAGGUCUCCGUGCUCGAAGACCUCGCCAACCCAGAGAGGAAGGUGUGUGUGGCCAACACUCACCUGUACUGGCACCCGAAAGGAGGGAAUGUUCGCCUGGUCCAGAUGGGCGUGGCUCUGCAGCACCUGAGCCAGGUGAUCGCUGACGUUGCACCUGGAGCUCCGCUGGUCUUCUGUGGUGACCUCAACUCCACGCCAGACUCAGGUGUGGUCCAGCUGCUCAGCGAGGCGGCGGUUCCUCUGCAGCACGCGGACUGGAGCAGCUCGGGUCCGGAGGAGUCCUGCUGCAUGGCGCUGAGCUCCACCUUCCCGCCGCUGCAGAGCGCCUGCGGGCAGCCGGCCUACACCAACUAUGUGGGAGGAUUUCAUGGCUGCCUGGACUACAUCUUCAUCCAGCCGCAGAGCAUGCAGGUGGAGCAGGUGAUUCCUCUGCCCAGCCACCAGGAGGUCACCACCCACAAGGCUCUGCCCAGCGUGGCUCACCCCUCCGACCACAUCGCGCUGGUUUGCGACCUCCUAUGGAACUCGUGA